UGCGAGGGUCUGGGUGCACGCGCGGUGUCUGGCCGGGUGCGCGCGCGCGCUGCUGCCCGCUUGCUUGCCUGCUAAAAGCUGUUCCUUGGGUUUGACCGGCGAGCCAGCUCCAAGAAGCUGGAUCUCAGAUAACAUAGAGACCAUCGCGGAAACUGAGGAGUGAGUCGGAACGCGGUUCAUCCUGUACAGGUCUUGGGGCUCCAGAGAUUAUUUCUCUUUAUUCAGAAGCAUAGAGUUGUUUGCUGAUUGCAAGAAGAUGUUUCUUUGGCUCUUUCUGAUUGUGUCAGCCCUGAUUUCUUCAACAAAUACAGAUUCUGACAUAUCAGUGGAAAUUUGCAAUGUGUGCUCCUGUGUGUCAGUAGAGAAUGUGCUCUAUGUCAACUGUGAGAAGGUUUCAGUCUACAGACCAAACCAGCUGAAACCACCUUGGUCUAAUUUUUAUCACCUCAAUUUCCAAAACAAUUUUUUAAAUAUCCUUUAUCCAAAUACAUUCGUAAACUUUUCACAUGCAGUAUCUCUGCAUCUGGGAAAUAAUAAGCUGCAGAACAUUGAGGGAGGGGCCUUUCUCGGGCUCAGUGCAUUAAAGCAGUUGCACUUGAACAACAAUGAAUUAAAGAUUCUCCGAGCUGACACUUUCCUUGGCAUAGAGAACUUGGAGUAUCUCCAGGCUGACUACAAUUUAAUCAAGUAUAUUGAACGAGGAGCCUUCAAUAAGCUCCACAAACUGAAAGUUCUCAUUCUUAAUGACAAUCUGAUUUCAUUCCUUCCUGAUAAUAUUUUUCGAUUCGCAUCUUUAACUCAUCUGGAUAUACGAGGAAACAGAAUCCAGAAACUCCCUUAUAUUGGAGUUCUGGAACACAUUGGCCGGGUUGUUGAAUUGCAGCUGGAAGAUAACCCUUGGAAUUGCAGCUGUGAUUUGUUGCCUCUAAAGGCUUGGUUGGAGAAUAUGCCAUAUAACAUUUACAUAGGCGAAGCUAUUUGUGAAACUCCCAGUGACUUAUAUGGAAGGCUUUUAAAGGAAACCAACAAGCAAGAAUUAUGCCCCAUGGGCACAGGGAGUGAUUUUGAUGUUCGAAUUCUGCCUCCAUCUCAACUGGAAAAUGGCUACACCACUCCCAAUGGUCACACUACUCAAACAACCUUGCACAGAUUAGUGACCAAACCACCCAAAACAACAAAUCCUUCCAAAAUCUCUGGAAUAGUGGCAGGCAAAUCCCUCUCCAACCGAAAUCUCAGUCAAAUUGUGUCAUACCAAACAAGAGUGCCUCCUCUUACACCUUGCCCGGCACCUUGCUUUUGCAAAACACAUCCUUCUGAUUUGGGGCUCAGUGUAAAUUGCCAAGAGAAAAAUAUACAAUCCAUGUCUGAACUGAUACCAAAACCUUUAAAUGCCAAGAAGUUGCAUGUCAAUGGCAAUAACAUCAAAGAUGUGGACAUUUCAGACUUCACUGAGUUUGAAGGACUGGAUUUGCUCCAUUUAGGCAGCAAUCAGAUUACAGUGAUCAAAGGAGAAGUGUUCCACAAUCUGACCAAUCUACGCAGACUUUAUCUCAAUGGAAAUCAGAUUGAAAGACUGGACCCUGAAAUAUUUUCAGGCCUUCAUAACCUGCAGUAUCUGUAUUUGGAAUACAAUUUGAUUAAGGAAAUCUUAGCAGGCACCUUUGACUCCAUGCCCAAUUUGCAGCUUCUGUACUUGAACAACAAUCUCUUAAAGAGCCUUCCAGUUUACAUUUUCUCUGGAGCACCUCUUGCUAGACUGAACCUAAGGAACAACAAAUUCAUGUACCUACCUGUCAGUGGAGUCCUCGAUCAGUUGCAAUCUCUUACACAAAUUGAUUUGGAGGGCAACCCUUGGGACUGCACUUGUGACUUGGUAGCAUUAAAGCUGUGGCUAGAGAAGUUAAAUGAUGGGAUUGUUGUGAAAGAACUGAAAUGUGAGACUCCUGUUCAGUUUGCCAACAUUGAACUGAAGUCCCUCAAAAAUGAAAUCUUAUGUCCUAAACUCCUAAACAAGCCAUCUGCACCUUUCACAAGCCCUGCACCUGCAAUUUCGUUCACCACUCCAUUGGGUCCUAUUCGAAGCCCUCCUGGGGGCCCAGUACCUCUGUCUAUUUUAAUCUUAAGUAUCUUGGUGGUCCUCAUUUUAACUGUCUUUGUUGCAUUUUGCCUUCUUGUUUUUGUGCUGAGACGCAACAAGAAACCCACAGUGAAGCACGAAGGUUUGGGGAACCCUGAGUGUGGCUCCGUGCAGCUGCAACUAAGGAAGCAUGAGCACAAAACCAAUAAAAAAGACGGACUGAGCACAGAAGCAUUCAUUCCACAAACCAUAGAACAGAUGAGCAAGAGUCACACCUGUGGCCUCAAAGAGUCUGAAACUGGGUUCAUGUUUUCAGAUCCUCCAGGACAGAAGGUCAUGAUGAGAAAUGCUGCUGACAAAGACAAAGAUUUACUGCAUGUAGAUACCAGGAAGAGAUUGAGCACAAUUGAUGAGCUGGAUGAACUAUUCCCUAGCAGAGAUUCCAACGUGUUUAUUCAGAAUUUUCUUGAAAGCAAAAAGGAGUAUAACAGCAUUGGUGUCAGUGGCUUUGAGAUUCGCUAUCCAGAAAAACAACAAGAUAAAAAAAACAAGAAGUCACUGAUAGGUGGUAACCACAGUAAAAUCGUUGUAGAACAAAGGAAGAGUGAGUAUUUUGAACUGAAGGCAAAACUUCAGAGUUCUCCUGACUACCUACAGGUCCUUGAGGAGCAAACAGCUUUGAACAAGAUAUAGGUCAUGUAAUUCAACUUCAUAAGAGGUCAUUAUUUAAUGAUGAAAGUGCCUUUUGUUGACUUCUAACUUCCAAAUACUAUAUUAUCAUUAGGCAUAGAGGCAGGUGUUUCCAAGGGUAUCUCAUUAACUGUAGCUGUAAAGAUGUGUCAAGUAGAAGAGACUUUCCUUAAUAGAUUUUACUAUAUAAACCCUAUACUGUGGAGUCCUGUGGGGAUACUGCAAACUCUAUUGCCAAAGGGAUGCUUUAUAAACAUAAUACACUGAAUUUAACCUCAAGAGGCAAAUACGUUUUGUACUCUGAUACAAAACCUCCGUCUCUUUGUGCUUUGUAAAGCAAACUCAAGAAAACUGGUACCAGUGUUUGUAUCUCAGCUGGGUCCUUCAUCUUGCACGUAGACUAAGUUGGUGAAACUGGAAUAACCCUUUUGAUUUGUGGCAUUGUAACAACUCUUUGUAAAGAUUACCUGAAAAGUGUAAAAAACAAAUAAGCAUGCAAAGAGAGAACAUUUGAUAGUAUUUGUAAAUUGGUAAAAUUUAUGGCCUGCAUCUUGAAACCGCUGGAUUUACAAUGUUAAAUUGUGCAAAUACUUGUUUAAAAUAUACCAUGCAUUACAUAACUAUAAAAUAAAUUUGAACACUUUAAGUAUUACCUGUCUAUACAUAAAAACCAAAAGGAGAAAAAAAAAUCAAUGUGAGUUAUAUAGCAUUUGUGGUGAUUUAGAGAAAAAUAUGUCUAUCAGAAUUAAACAUGGCUCAAAUUAAACUAGAGUUUGUUCUCAGUUGUGUCAAAUACCCACAAUCCUUAACGGUUGUCCCAAAUUAGCAAAGUGCUUACCGUGUGAGCGCACCCAAAGCUAUUUUUGUAACAUAAUUCAUAUUUAUGAAGUACUUUGUAUACUAAAUAGGAAAACAUGUACUCCUUAAUAUGUACUUAGUAUGCCUGACUUAUUUUCCUGAUCACAGCAAAUUGAGUAUAAGUAUAAAUUGAGAUAAGAAAAAAAAAACACUAAAGUGAAAAUGAAGCUAAUGUGUACAGAAAUAUUUGGGACUCUGUGAUCAAGUAUAAUUUAAAAACAGAAAAAAUACAAAAAAUACCCCAAAAUUAAAAAAAAAAAAAUCCGUGCAAUUCUUGUGAAUCUAGUGUAUUAUCUUCCGAUUUGUUACCAACUGUGCAUUUUAAAAUAGGCUCCUUAGUUUUAUAGUAUUGUGUCUGGGGCAGUUGUUACUUGCCAUCAAUUGUCUUGCUUUUCAGAAUUCUAUGAGCUUAAUUCAAAUAGUUUUAAUUACAAUAUUUAACAAAAUAAUGGCUAAGAUUAAUAGUAUCUUGUAUGCAUCAAUAUCCUGUUCUUUCAUCAUUCUGACUACUAUCAGAUAAUCUAGUAGAACUAUAAACAUCAUGGUACAUGGUAAUCUCGGCUAUCAAAGCCCUAGUGUAAAAUGCUUGCACUGGUCUCAGAUGAAUUCAACUACAAUGGAAAUGCCCCUGUGUUUGUGUGUGCUCUUAAGUUCUAGAUCAAAAUUGGUUAAAUGAAUGAAGUAUUUGCUAAUGAGUUGAUAUCUGAAGAUGUUUAGGAUCUUUGAUUAGUAAAUCAAUAUUCAGAAACUCAUUGCCUUCUUGGCCAGCUUUGUGUGUGUGUGUGUGUGUGUGUGUGUGUGUGUGUGUGUGUGUUGUGGUGUGAUGAAUUAUUGUAUUAUUCAGUAAGGUAACCAAGAAUGCAAACAGACAUUCUUAAUGAAUUUCAAGUGGCAGAUAUUUUGAUUAAGCUUACAAAAGGAUAUUGUAACAGCAAUCCCUUUAUUAAAUACUAAUUUCAAGAU